UUUAUUUACAUAGCCAAAAUACGGACGGCCGGCCAUCUGAGGACAACCCGUCGAAAAUAUGAACAUGGGUAGUCACCGGGCUGAAAGACCACAAAAAAAUCGCUUUUCAGUAAUUAGUUGAAGAUAUUUUACAGAGUGAAGGUUUACACUAUAAAAGAUCCUAAGGCAGAUUUUUAACUGAUUAGCCUAUUAUAGGGCAGACGGUCAGUGCUCUCGUGUGUGCGGGUGCACUGCGCGAAUUCGCUUUCUAGGGAGACAUCCUCUGUUCUACGACACACAGACCCUUUUAAGAUGGAGUUUAGCGAGAGGAAAAGAAGACGCAAAUCUCAGAGCUUCAAACUGGUCCAAGAGCAAGAUUUAAACUCUGGGAGUUUUGACAGUGACGUCAAUAUACACGUCAAUGGAGAGUCCAAAGAUGCGACCAUGCCCGAAGCCUGGCUGGGUGAUGAGGGUAUGGAGAUCAAGCGACAGAUCACAGGCAUGAUGCGUCUGCUGAGUGACAAGGCCGGUCGGGUGUACCAGCGUGUGGGAGCUGAGGGGGACAGUCUCAAACAGGAGCCCCAGGAGGAGCACCAGAGCUGGGAACAGCUUGCUACUUUGCCCCCUGUCUUGGAAGAGUGCCAGAUGAGUGUCUGGAGACCAGCAGAGGAAUCGGAGGCCCCUCCCUUGCCUGUGUCCACCCCGGUCCCCAAAUGCGAGGGGUCUGGCAAAUACGGCACCCGCUCCAAGACCCAGAGGAUGCUUAACACCAAAGGCGCAGUCAAAACAAAUGACGUGGACCAGGCUGUGGUAGACGCUCCCUGUUGCAUGUGCAACUGUAAGAGCACCUUACAAGCCAUUCUACAGGAGCUCCGAGCUAUGAGGAGGCUAAUGCAGACACAGAAAGGUGUCCAGGAGAAGCAGGAGCACACAAGCCCUCCCUGCCCGCCUUGCCCCGUACCCCCAGCGCUGCGGCGUAGAUCCCGCAAGAGACGCCCUGUCCACAAGGUGGCUCCACUCACUGCUCCUAAGAGGGCAGCUGUCCUCCCUCUCCCCCCCUGUGUACCACUGGAGAGGCUGAGCAGAGACACGGAGAGACCUGUGCUCACGCCCACCUUAACUGCUCUCGCCGCCUCACCUGACCUCUCUGCACAAACCCUGUCCAUGCAGAACAAGCCCAUCCAGCGCCUUGACGUGCACUCUUCUAGCUACAGACAACCCAAAGGUCUGCAGACCCCAGAGAGUGAGGUUCGCCUAGCGGAGGACUAUGAUGUGUUUAUCCCCAAAGCCCAGCUAGAUUCAAUCCUGGUCAACUACACACGAUCUGGGAGCCUGCUCUUCAGGAAGCUGGUGUGCGCGUUCUUUGACGACAACACACUCGCUAACUCACUGCCCAACGGCAAGAGGAAGAGAGGUCUGAACGACCACAGAAAAGGACUUGACCAGAACAUUGUUGGGGCUAUUAAAGUAUUUACAGAGAAGUACUGCACAGCUCACAGAAUAGAGAAGUUGCCAGGCCCGCGGGACUGGGUUCAGAUUCUGCAGGACCAGAUCAAACUGGCACGCAGACGCCUAAAGAGAGAUAUAUGCAUCUAUUCCACCCUUUUGCUGUCUCUAUCAAUAACUACAAGAAGCAUUUGGUUGCUGUCAUUGCUGCUAAAGAAUCUCUUCAGCUUUCUGGAGAAAUGGAGAGGGAGUUUCUAACAACAGGCCCUGACUCCAACAAGCCAGGACGUUUGGUUGAGGUGGGGAAGAAUGUGACUGAUUGAUGCUGCGAAACAACGACUUGAAGAUGAAACGUACAUAUAUGUUGUUCCACUAACUAGAUACGUUGUGCCCCCAAGUCCAUUUUGGAAGAUGUUUGGUUCUUUUACAGCUCUGAUAAAUAGGUGUUGGGGGUUGUUGCCUCUUUAUGACUGUUUAUUUGAAAACAAAGAUGGAAAACUUCCUUGCUAAAGACCCUCACCCCCUUUCGUCCAACAAAAUAAAAGGAAAAUAUC